AAGAAUUUCGAGGUUGUUACGAAGCAAUUUUCGACGUGUGUGUGCGCAAGGAGAUUCCAGGCAGGCUGGUAGGAAAGGAAACAAGCCCUCUGAUGACUCGGACGUUCUGAGUUGGCCUUCGGAAUGAUUUCUGCUUUGACAGCUAAAUUGGCAAGAUCCAAAUCCGUGCUAAAUACUGCGGGUCGCAUCAAUGUUGCCUACGUGCGUGGCUUCGCAUCACAGCCCGAGUUAGCAACAGACAGCGCGCCGUCUGUGAAGCUACUCAUCAAUGGGGAGUUCGUAGAAUCUCAAGCCACAGAGUGGGUGGACGUCACAAACCCGGCAACGCAGGAAGUGGUGUCAAGGCUCCCCGAGACAACCUCUGGGGAAUUCAAUGCAGCUGUGCAAGCUGCAAAAGAGGCAUUCCCAAAAUGGCGCAACACUCCCCUUCCCACUAGGUCCCGCGUCAUGUUCAAGCUCCAGGAGCUCAUCAGGCGGAAUAUGGAUGAACUCGCUGCAAAUGUCACCCUCGAACAAGGAAAGACACUCCCUGACGCCAAAGGGGAUGUUUUCAGAGGCCUAGAGGUGGUGGAGUAUGCUUGCAACCUGGCCCCGGAUCUGAUGGGAGACUACAUUGAGAAUGUAUCAAAUGGGAUGGACACGUACAGCGUCCGACAGCCUCUUGGGGUGGUUGCAGGCAUUUGCCCCUUCAAUUUCCCCGCCAUGAUACCGCUCUGGAUGUUCCCCAUUGCUUGCACGGUUGGCAACACUUUCGUCCUCAAGCCCUCUGAGAAGGACCCUGGGGCAGCCAUGAUGCUGGCAGAACUGGCCCUGGAAGCAGGCCUUCCCAGGGGAGUGUUGAACAUCGUGCACGGGACGCAUGGGACGGUGAAUCGCAUCCUGGAUCACCCUGACAUCAAGGCUGUGUCCUUUGUGGGCUCAGACAGGGCGGGCCGCUACAUCUACGAGCGCGGCUCUGCCAAUGGCAAGAGAGUCCAGGCAAACAUGGGGGCCAAGAACCAUGCUGUUAUCCUGCCCGAUGCAAACCCAGAGGCGACAGUUGCUGCACUGACUGGCGCCGCCUUCGGCGCUGCUGGGCAAAGGUGCAUGGCAAUUUCGGCGGCGGUUUUUGUGGGCGGGAUUGAGCCCUGGAAGGAUGCCCUGCUGGAGCGCGCCAAGGCGCUGACCGUGGGCCCGGGGGCCGCAGCAGGCACGGACGUGGGCCCGCUCAUCACUCCAGAGGCCAAGGACCGCGCAGCCAACCUCAUUCAGAGUGGCCUGGACCAGGGUGCGAAGCUGUUGCUGGACGGCAGAGGAGUGAAGGUGCCAGGCUUUGAGUCCGGCAAUUUCUUGGGCCCCUCGCUGCUGUCCGGUGUCAAGCCGAAUAUGGAGUGUUACAAGGAAGAGAUCUUUGGACCUGUACUUGUCUGCCUGGAGGCCGAGACUCUGGACGAGGCCAUCAGCAUUGUCAAUGGGAACGAGCAUGGCAAUGGCACAGCGCUGUUCACUCGGUCGGGGCCUGCAGCGCGCAAGUUCCAGAAUGAGGUGGAGGUGGGCAUGGUGGGCAUCAAUGUGCCCAUCCCCGUGCCGCUGCCCUUCUUCUCCUUCACAGGCUGGAGGGGCUCCUUCCACGGGGACCUGCACAUGUACGGCAAGGCUGGCCUCCAGUUCUUCACACAGGCAAAGACCAUCACAACAAACUGGAAGGACACCGAUGACCAUAGGAGCAAGCGUGCUCCAGGGCUCGACGCUGUGGGCACAUCAGCUGCCCCAAGCUAGCUUUGCAGAAGCAGUCCGACGGCAUUUCACUUUGUGUCAAGUUCAUGAUUGUACUACCUUCCAUGAUGCAGCGAAUGCACACUCCUUGGCCAAGGCACAUGAGAGGCAGCAUGUCAAUUUUGCUGAAUCUGAAUGCAUCUCUCUAAUCUUAAGUCCAGUCGUCUGC